AUUUUUAUUUUCAUCUUCAUUCAUUAAAGUUCAGAUAGGAAAGGUCAUUGCUAUUUUGCUAUUCUUUUUGUGCAUUGUUCUGUGAACCAUUGUGCAAAUGACUAGAGUAACUUGCAAUUUGAACAAAAAUUUUGGAAGUUCAUCGUUAGGCUGACUGAAAGUAUCUUUGGGGCAAAUACAGUAAUAGACAAGAUAGUAGAUAGAGAUGUUGUGUUUUCAUACUGUUUGUAAAUAAUUAUUAUUUCUUUUGCUAGGUAUCAAUAUUUUGAAAUUUUUUUAAUUCUACAUAGUUUGGAGUAUUCAGUAUGACUAUAGUUAUUAAAAUAUCAUUUAUACAUUUUUUUUUCAGAUCAAUAUUCGGUCUCUGGGGGAUUGUAGGUAACAGCUUUGUUUGUGGUGAUUUUCCAGUUCUAAUACAGUUUAUUUGUAUUCUCACAGAUAUUCUGAGGUCUUUGUGGUAUUAUGAUUGAUCUUUUAGUUUGUAGAAGAUAAUGGGCUUCUAAUGUGUAAUUAUGGCCAUCUGAUUAUAUCUUAGUAGGUAUUUGGUAGGUAUUAAAGCAUUAUUAUGAUCCCAGGAUAAAAUUGGGGAACAGUUAAUGGUUUAUUUUACUGGAACAUAAAAUAAAUGUGUGAAAGUGGGGAAUAAUGUCAGAUAUGUCUGUAAGAGUAGGUUGGAGCUAGAUUGUAGAGGACCUUAAAUGACAGAUUAAGUAAUAUACUUUUUAUUUUGUAAUAGGGAACCAAUGAAUAUUUUUUGAACAGAAGAGUAUUGAGGUCAGACCUUUGCAUUAGAGAUUUGUUUUGGCUGCUACCUGAGAGAUGAGUUGGUCAGGGGAUAGAGGAACCAAGGAUGUCCAUUAGACUACCUCAGGAGGAAGAGAAAUUAAUUCAGCAGGAACUGGCUAAUCUGAAGGCAACUGUUUCUGCACCUGGCACUACGUUGAGAUUGAUGAAAGAAUGUAUGGUGAGACUUAUAUAUUGUGAAAUGCUUGGGUAUGAAUCUUCCUUUGGCUAUAUACAUGCUAUCAAGUUGGCACAACAAGGAAACCUCUUAGAGAAGAGAGUUGGUUAUUUGGCAGUUUCUUUAUUUCUACAUGAAAACCAUGAACUGUUGCUUCUCCUUGUGAAUACGGUUGUAAAGGACUUGCAGAGCACAAACCUGGUUGAAGUAUGCAUGGCACUUACGAUCGUCAGUCAGAUCUUUCCUCGAGAAAUGAUUCCUGCUGUUCUUCCACUUAUAGAGGAGAAGCUACAACAUUCUAAGGAAAUUAUACGAAGAAAAGCUGUUCAGGCAUUGUACAAAUUCCAUCUUAUUGCUCCCAAUCAAGUACAGCAUAUUCACGUUAAAUUUAGGAAAGCACUUUGUGACAGGGAUGUUGGAGUCAUGGCUGCUUCUCUGCACAUUUACCUUCGAAUGAUUAAGGAGAAUCCAUCUGCAUAUAAAGACUUGACAGGAAGUUUUGUAACAAUUUUGAAGCAAGUAGUGGGAGGAAAACUCCCAGUGGAUUUCAAUUACCACAGUGUACCAGCACCUUGGCUACAAAUUCAGCUUUUGAGGAUAUUAGGACUUCUAGGAAAAGAUGAUCCAAGGACAAGUGAAUUAACAUAUGAUGUUCUUGAUGAGUCCUUAAGAAGAGCUGAGUUAAGUCACAAUAUCACAUAUGCUAUUUUAUUUGAAUGUGUGCAUACAAUUUAUACCAUCUAUCCUAAACCUGAAUUGCUUGAGAAGGCUGCUAGAUGCAUAGGAAAAUUUGUUUUGUCUCCAAAGAUAAAUCUCAAAUAUUUAGGACUAAAGGCUCUUACCUAUGUUAUCCAGCAGGAUCCCAAUCUGGCACUUCAGCACCAGAUGACAAUAAUUGAAUGCUUAGACCAUCCUGAUCCCAUUAUUAAAAGAGAGACAUUGGAACUUCUUUAUAGAAUUACUAAUGCACAGAAUGUAAGUGUUAUUGUCCAGAAAAUGCUUGAAUAUUUGCAGCAGAGCAAAGAAGAAUACAUCAUCAUCAGUUUAGUUGGCAAAAUAGCUGAGCUGGCUGAGAAAUAUGCUCCCGAUAAUGAAUGGUUUAUCCAGACGAUGAAUGCUGUAUUUUCAGUGGGAGGAGAUGUUAUGCAUCCUGAUAUCCCUAAUAAUUUUUUGAGACUCCUGGCAGAAGGUUUUGAUGAUGAAAACGAAGACAAACAGCUAAGACUCUAUGCAGUCCAGUCUUAUCUUAGUUUACUAGAGAUAGAAAAUGCAUUUUAUCCACAGAGAUUUCUUCAGGUCAUGAGCUGGGUAUUAGGGGAAUAUUCCUACCUUUUAGAUAAGGGAACACCAGAGAUGGUUUUAACAAAGCUCUACAGGUUGCUUAUGAAUAAAUCUACUACUUCAGAAACAAAAACCUGGAUCAUGGCUGCAGUGACAAAGUUGACACCUCAAGCACUCUCCUCUAAGACAGUUGAGAAAAUAAUACAGGAAUUCAGUGUAUCUCUGGACACUUGUAUGAGACAACAUGCUUUUGAAUUAAAACAUUUGCAGGAGAAUGUGGAACUUAUGAAGAACUUAUUUCUAGUUGAUAAAAGUUGUGAAGAUUUAGUGGUAGAUGCUUCUUUAUCUUUCCUGGAUGGUUUUGUGGCUGAAGGACUGGAUCAGGGAGCAGCACCAUAUAAACCUCACCAUCAGCGACAAGAAGAAAAGCUUUCUCAGGGAAAAGUUCUCAAUUUUGAACCAUAUGGACUGUCCUUUUCUUCAAAUAUGUCUUCAUCUGGUUACACUGGACGGCAGUCUCCAGCUGGCAUCUCUCUUAGUUCUGAUGUAUCCGGAAAUAGUGCUGAAACAGGACAGAAGGAGACAAAUAGCCUGAAGCUGGAAGGUGUGAAAAAAUUGUGGGGAAAAGAAGGCUAUCUUCCUAAAAAGGAAAACAAAGCCAAAAACAAUCCUGAGCUUCAACCUGUUCCUCAGGACAGUACCUUAAUGGAGAAUGUGGAUCAGAUGAUGAUAAAGAAAGAGCAAUCCCAGGCCCUUCAUCAUUCAGAGGAAGAGGCAGAAAAACAGCGUCUGGCUUCAACAUUAUUUGUUGGGCUGGGAUCAGAAAGUGCAGUCAGUUUGCUGGGAAAAACAGAUACUGUUUCUCACAAGUUCAGAAGGAAAUCAAAAGUUAAUGACACCAAAAAUAGAAAAGUAACUAGUGCACAUAAUAUUAACUGCUCUUCUUUCAGUCCUUUGUCAAAUGCACCUUAUGAAGAUAAUAAUCAUUUGAACAAUUUUCAAGACAAAGGAGACACAGGAUUAAAGAAAUGUUCUCUUGGUUCAGAAUUUUUGGAAUCAAGCUUAAAAUCUGAUUCACUCACUGAAUUGGAUUUGGUCGAGAAUCUCUCAGUUUGCAACCUGUCUCCAUCUUCUUUAUUUGAAGAUAAUAGCAUGGAGAUUUUUCACCCUCCUCAACCUACUCUUUCCUCAUCUGCCACUGAAAUCUCUUUGACGUCUUCCUUAUUGGAAGAACUAAAUGAACAUGUACAUUCAGAUCUAGUGGAACUCUGUAACAAUGAAAUGAUAACAGUAUCUUCUUGCAAAAUUUGGAAAGAUGACUCUUUAUUGCUGGUCUGGAUGGUUGCUAACAAGAGUAAUUUGGAACUGAAGAGUAUGAAUUUAGAAAUUACAUCUACAGAAAAUUUCAAGAUUCUUGAGCAUCCUGGCUUUUCUUUUCCUGUAAUAGAAGCAGAAAGUACCACAAGCAUCCAACAUUGUGUACAGAUGGAAAAACCUUUUACAGAGGAGGGUCUUUCUGGUUAUGUUAAAUAUCAGAUGGAAGAGGAUCCAUGUAUUCAGCUAGAAUUUUCGUUAACCAUAUCACUAUUGGAUUUCAUUAGACCAAUGAAGAUUUGUACUGAAGACUUUGGCAAACUUUGGCUAUCCUCUGGAAAUGAUGUGAAACAAAAUGUAAAGAUGCCAGAUUCUCAAGCUAAUCUACCUUUUGCCCUGAAGACCCUGCAACAGAAACUAAGACUGCACAUUGUUGAUAUUAUAGGAAAUGAAGGAAUAUUGGCUUGUCAGCUCCUUCCAUCAAUCCCUUGCUUACUACACUUACGGGCCUACGCAGGAAUAGUAGCUCUGUGGUUCAGAUCUUCUUGCUCCACUCUCCCAGAUUAUUUACUGUAUCAGUGUCAAAAGGUGCUGGAGGAAUCUUGAUGAAAACUUUGCUUGUUUUCUACUAUAAAGGUUUACAUAGAUAAAAUUAUUUACCAAAGUAAAAUGCACUUAUGGUACAUCUAAUGAAAAGAAGAAUAAUUUGGUUUUUGACUUUUGUGUUUACUAAAGGACUUUUUAGAAAAGAAAGAGCACCAAGAAACUGUACCUUUAUCACUUUGCUCAGGAUUGUAUAGUGUUUGUGUCCCACAAAAGUGACCUAACUAUGUUAGUAUUUUAAAACUGUUAAUGAUUUAACAUAACCUAGAGUAGAAAAACUGAAAAUUUUUAUUUUGUAAUAAGCAAUUUUCUAGUUAGCACAUUUACUCUAGGACCAGUGGAUUCAUAGAUUAGAUUAAGUCUGUUAUCUGCUCUAAAGGAAAGAGAAGUAAAUGGAUAAUCCCAAGUAUAAUUAAUAUUUGGUUUUGAAAUGCCUUGUCUGAUUAAUCUUCCCAAUUAUGUUUUUCUUAGACUAGUAUUAAAAUUAGUUUGCAUUCUUUGAGCUCACACCAGCUAUCUUGGUGAUGGAGGUCCAGAAGCAUGUUGAUUGACAAGAGGAAGUCAUCUUGACCUUAACUUGGUUACAUUUAAUUCAGAAAAAUGUAGGACUGAGAGUUGACUGACUAUAAAAUGUAACUCUCACAGUUACUUUUUUUAUCUGAAAGUUAAUCAUAAUGCAGACUAUAUUUUUAAAAAUAAAAGAAAUCCUUAAUUGGGCAUACUACAAGAACAUAUGUCUAUAAACAUCUCAUUUACAGCAAAGAUCUUGGCAUUAUUUACUACUUAUGAAAUUUAAGCUAAUUUAGCUUUAAGAGUAAAAUCCAAGCAUCCAUGCUUGAUACAAUUUGAACACAUAUAACUUAAGAACAACACAGGUGAUUUGUACAGGCACUACAGUAAAACAUGACAUUUUCUAACUGUUGGGGUCUUUUUCCCUCCACUGUCACAUAGGUAGAUAGCAACCUCUGUAAGAGUCAUUAUCAAAACUUUAACUUCUACCUGUAAGAGAAGCUUAACAUUAAACUGAAGAAUGUUACCAAAAUUAUAAGUUUGUAAAUUACUGUUAAAAAAUGAGUUAGUAUUUUAUAGUCUUAAGUACUUCCAUAAGUUAUUAUUUCAUUUUUCAAAUAGUUCACUGGAGAUUCUUCAGGUAAUAACAUUUUACCUCAUAGAUGGCAGUUAGCUAAUUAUUUCAUUUAUAUGGUCACUCACCUAAGUCAAAAGCUCCUAAUCAUAGCUGAUGAAAAUUUUCUUAGAUCUGAUAUAUUUAAUUGGGUGUGUGUAUGUAUGCUCUAGAGCUGUGUUGCUGAAUUUAUGACUUGCAUUCUGGAAGGUGAUGCUCCCCUCCCUUUCUCUAUGCUCAACUGAGGACAUUUCUCUCAUCACAUGCCCCUCUGCCCAUCAGCCCAAUAGGAGUGCUUCCUCUUUUGUCUAGGAUAAGAUGGAGGGCUCACAUGAGCCAUGAGGGUUGCAUUUUGGGCACUUAGUCUUUAAAAGGUUCGCCAUCAUUGCUCUAGAGUAUGCCUUCCAAGCAGCAAACGCUAUUUUCUCUUAACUAAUUUUAAGUUCCUUGUUUCUUUAAAUUUAACACUUUAUUAUGCCCUCUUUUAUCUUAUCAUACAGUAGAAUCCUGCUUAUAGCAAAGUAUUAAAGGACAAAAGAAUCUUCUCCAUAAUGAACUUUCCAUGCUAUGAUGAGGGAGACCACCCAUAUCCCUUCCACGCAUGUCUGGGCAUGGGGAAAGAGGGCAGUGAUAUGUUGCUCCUGGGAAUAUGAGGCAACAGUGGCAAAGCCACUUCCCCUAAGGCUCCACUCUAUUCCUACCUUUCAUGCUACUUCUGCUGCUGCUACAGCUAUAGUAGAGAAGGAACAUUCCUUUGUCACAGAGCAAAAGCAUAUCGUGCCAAAUGGCAACUUGAACUUCCUCCACUUGCUAGGGAUAAGCUUAUGCUCUUGAGCCCAUUUGGGAUCAUUGUUUAAAGUACUUAUCAAAGAGGAAUUUUAAGUGGCCCAUUCAUAGGGAACAUUUCAAGCCUAUUUCUUCUCCCCUCAUUUAUAAGGAGGUAUAUCUUCCCUUUAUUCCAUCAAUUGUUGUAGCAGUAGUAAAGUACAGAAACCAGUGAUCGGAAGGUUAUACAAACAGGGUUUCUCACACCAUUGUUUCUGCUGUUUGAAGUUCUGCCAUUGGAGACUUGCUUUCUCUCAUGAAACAGCUGAAUCUAAUCACUGUAGCACUGCUGUGAGACUUUUACGGUAACAUUUUCAAUAAUUAAAUUUUUUUACAUAUGUUAUUUCAAAACCAAAUGUUACAAAUACAGCGUAUGAACAAAACUUAGUAGAUUUUAAAGCAUUCAAUAACAGUACACAUGAUGCUUGAUCAUUCUUAUUGAAUGUUGAAAUUCUAAAUCAGGGAUCAUCCUCUUUACAUUAUAUUCAUUUUGACCAUAGUGGGAUGAGACUGAUAUCACAUUUGACUUGUGGAACCAAUCUCAUUGCUGUAGUCAAUUUUCUGUGGUAGGUUUAGGGACAACACUUAAGAAUUCUGGGCCAGUAAUGGUGGCAGGGAAGCUCAAGAGUAUGAAUAUUCUUCAUCUUGAAUAUUCACAUUGGGCCUCUUCUGGAAAUGCAUGACUAGAGUGAAGAAAGGACAGGUAGUGAAAAUUCUAGGUCAGUGAUGGUGAUGGAAGGAACAUGGUAUGGUCAUCAGUGGAGGGAUGGAUAUAGAAGGGAAUGUUUUGCUAUCAUAGCAGAUGUAUACAGUAAGGGUGAGCUGUAGAGGUAGGGAAGGAGUAGGGAUUGUAAAGUGGAGGUUUUAGGUGGUAGCAUGCCAACUUCUGGUUAGGAUAUCAGAUGUUGCUAAACUCUGCCUCAAAUACUUAAUGUCGUCUAGGAAAAUGUCUGUGUGGUGGAAAGACAGUGUUUUAUUCCCCUUACCCUAUUUUAUUUAAUGUUAAUAUGUUGAAAAUGUUGAACUAUCUUGUUUGUAUUUCAUGGAUAAAAGCCAUUUUUGUCUCAUUGUUAUCAGCCAGUGAGUUAUUGAAAGUGCACUGAACUAAUUUGUCUAUAAGUAUUUUAUUGUGUUAAACUUUGGAGAAAGAAAGUGAAAAUGAAUAGUACAGGCAGUAAUUUUCAUGUUUUGGAGUUGGGUUCUAUAAUUUGGAAGAAUUCAAUUAAAUGUUUAAUGAUAUAAAA